AUGAUCCGUGUACCUCUUUUCGGGGGAGCUAUGACAUGUCACCUACCGGAGACCUUCAAAGAUGUGAGCUCAAUUCGCCAAGUGCCGGACAACCAGGAGGUGUUCAUGGAUAUGAGCAGUGAACGAAGCCUCGUUAUUGAGGUAGUCGAGUACCAGGAAACGGUAUCGGAUGCUGAUGCAGCCAGAUUUUUUUUCUGCGACCUGGCGAAGGAGAAUGGAAGCACCGAUGCCCAGUUGGUCAGCAGUUCCAUGUGGAAGGCCAGUGCACGAAUUCCAGUCUCUGAGAAACAUGCGGUCAUUCUGACAAAAGGCGUUCAACAGCUACAACGGGAUAAUGCCAAGCAAGUGCCCGUGCAAAUGGUGAUUAUUAGAAUUCCAGACCACAACGCAGAGAUCCUUAUUUCUUUGUAUGGCGAGCCGUGCGACGACACACAAUGCGUGUCGAAGGCUGAGGCGGAAGAUGCUUUGCUGUUCGAGGAACUGAUCAGUUCCUUCGUCAUCGCCCAGUACUCCCUUUUCGUGUGA